AUGGAAGGUUCUGUCAGCUGUACCUGGAAGGUUCUGUCUGCUGGAACUGGAAGGUUCUGUCAGCUGGAACUGGAAGGUAUAGUAUUUUCCACGCUGGUGUUUGGCCCAGCCUGUGGCUUCAUAUUAGGAUCCUUCUGCACCAAAGUCUAUGUGGACGCUGUCUUCAUCGACACAAGUAAGCUGGACAUCGGCCCUGACGACCCCAGGUGGAUUGGUGCGUGGUGGGGUGGCUUCUUGCUCUGCGGUGCCUUACUCUUCAUCUCCUCCCUCUUCAUGUUCGGCUUCCCCCAGUCCCUGAAUGAGCAGGAUGUGGACAGUGGGGGGGAGAGUGAACAGGCCAUGUUGCCCCCCUCCCUGUCCAGGGAUUACGAGGGGAACAAGCCCACUCAUGGGGUGAUCCAUGGCUUCCAGGCCAAUAGUGGACUGACCUGCUGCGAGCACAUGAGAGUCAUCCCCAAGGUGACCAAGCACCUCCUGUCCAACCCUGUGUUUACCUGUAUCUCGCUGGCAGCCUGUAUGGAGAUCGCUGUGGUUGCAGGCUUCGCCACCUUCCUAGGGAAGUACAUGGAGCAGCAGUUCAACCUCACAACUUCCUCAGCCAAUCAGCUGCUAGGUAUGACAGCUAUUCCGUGUGCGUGUCUGGGUAUCUUCCUGGGUGGUCUCUUGGUGAAGAAGUUAGACCUGUCAGCGUUAGGGGCCAUCCGUAUGGCCAUGGGGGUCAAUCUCAUCUCCACUGCCUGUUACGUCUCCUUCCUCUUCCUCGGCUGUGACACCGGGCCUGUCGCCGGGGUGACUGUCGCCUACGGCAACGUGACCCUGCGGUCAUGGCAGAGACCGGAGCAUGGCUGCAUCAACAACUGUAACUGCUACACAGCCUCAGUGAGCCCUGUGUGUGGCUCCAACGGGAUCACCUACCUCUCUGCUUGCUUCGCCGGCUGCCUCACACCUAACCUGACCAGCUGUAUGUGUAUCAGCAGUAAGGAGGAGGAGUCGGUGGCGUUGCCGGGGAAAUGUCCCAGUCCAGGCUGCCAACUGGCCUUUAUCACCUUCCUUUGUGUCAUCUGUGUGUGCAGUAUGAUCGGAGCCAUGGCCCAGACACCCUCCGUCAUCAUACUUAUCAGAACAGUGAGCCCUGAGCUAAAAUCCUACGCUCUUGGAGUUCUGUUUCUGGGCCUGAGACUACUAGGUUUCAUCCCUCCCCCUCUGAUCUUCGGCAUGGGCAUCGACUCCACCUGCCUGUUCUGGUCCACAGUCUGUGGAGACAAGGGAGCCUGCAUGCUGUACGACAACGUGGCCUAUCGACACCUCUACGUGAGUAUCGCCAUCGCUCUCAAGUCCACCGCCUUCAUCCUUUACACCACCACUUGGCAGUGUCUCCGGACCAACUAUAAGAAAUACAUUAAGAACAGUGAAGGCUACCUGACUCCCACCCAGCUGUUUGCCUCUAACGUGACUCUGGACAACCUGGGCAAGGAGAUCACCCAGAACCCAGGCAACCGGACAACAUUUAUAUAUAACCUGGAGGAACCAGAGAUGAGUUAUAACAUGGAGUCUGUUUUAUAGUUUCUCCAAGA